GCCAGUGUGCGCGGGGGCGCGCGCGCUCGAGCCCGGGAGGAGGCUCCCGAACGAGUCGGUCGUGGUGGCGCUGCCCGCUCCCCCGCGCCCUAUGUGAGGGAAUCGGGGAGGCCAGCGGCGCGCAGGGGAGGGCGAGGCAUGUGCACGGGCCGGGGGGUGCUGCAGCCGCCCGAGGAAGAGGAGGACGGCGGCGGCGAGGAGGAGAGCGGGGGACUCGCGGCGGCGGGCCCGGGCCGCGGGGAUGCAGCGGACUGUGUGUGUCUGGCUGUAGCUGACGCGAGGCGGCGAGGAGGCGCCGGAGACCCGCGAGAGGGGCGACCGGGAGGCGGCGGCGGCCGGGAGAAGUAGCAGCAGGACGGGCGGCGGCGGCAGCGGAGACGGCAGCCCUGAAAUGCAUUUUCUUCUCCAGCGGCCAUGUUAACCAGGAAACCUUCGGCCGCCGCUCCCGCCGCCUACCCGACCGGCCGAGGAGGGGACAGCGCCGUUCGUCAGCUUCAGGCUUCCCCGGGGCUCGGUGCUGGGGCUCCCCGGAGCGGAGUGGGGACCGGCCCGCCCUCCCCGAUCGCCCUGCCGCCUCUCCGGGCCAGCAACGCUGCCGCCGCAGCCCACACGAUCGGCGGCAGUAAGCACACAAUGAAUGAUCACUUACACGUCAGCAGCCACGGCCACGGCCAGAUCCAGGUUCAGCAGCUGUUCGAGGACAACAGUAACAAGCGGACAGUGCUCACGACACAGCCCAAUGGGCUCACCACGGUGGGGAAGGCGGGCUUGCCCGUGGUGCCCGAGCGGCAGCUGGAGAGCGUCCACAGACGGCAGGGCAGCGCCACAUCUCUGAAGUCUAUGGAAGGCCUAGGGAAGGCGAAGGCCACCCCCCUGACCCCUGAACAAGCAAUGAAGCAAUACAUGCAAAAGCUGACCACCUUCGAGCACCAUGAGAUUUUCAGCUACCCCGAGAUCUAUUUCUUGGGUCCAAAUGCAAAGAAGCGCCAGGGCAUGACCGGUGGGCCCAACAAUGGAGGCUAUGACGACGACCAGGGAUCCUAUGUGCAGGUGCCCCAUGAUCACGUGGCUUACAGGUACGAGGUCCUCAAGGUCAUCGGGAAGGGAAGCUUCGGGCAGGUGGUCAAGGCCUACGACCACAAAGUCCACCAGCACGUGGCCCUGAAGAUGGUGCGGAACGAGAAGCGGUUCCACCGGCAGGCGGCGGAGGAGAUCCGAAUCCUGGAGCACCUGCGGAAGCAGGACAAGGACAACACCAUGAACGUCAUCCACAUGCUGGAGAACUUCACCUUCCGGAACCAUAUCUGCAUGACGUUCGAGCUGCUGAGCAUGAACCUUUACGAGCUCAUCAAGAAGAAUAAGUUCCAGGGCUUCAGCCUGCCUCUGGUUCGCAAGUUUGCCCACUCGAUUCUACAGUGCUUGGAUGCUUUGCACAAGAACAGAAUCAUUCACUGUGACCUUAAGCCCGAGAACAUUUUGUUAAAACAGCAGGGUAGAAGCGGGAUUAAAGUGAUCGAUUUUGGCUCCAGUUGUUACGAGCAUCAGCGUGUCUACACGUACAUUCAGUCCCGUUUUUACCGGGCUCCGGAAGUGAUCCUCGGCGCCAGAUAUGGCAUGCCCAUCGACAUGUGGAGCCUGGGUUGCAUUCUAGCAGAGCUCCUGACUGGUUACCCACUCUUGCCUGGGGAAGAUGAAGGGGACCAGCUGGCUUGUAUGAUUGAACUGUUGGGCAUGCCCUCUCAGAAACUGCUGGAUGCGUCCAAACGAGCCAAAAAUUUUGUGAGCUCCAAGGGUUAUCCCCGUUACUGCACUGUCACGACUCUCUCAGACGGCUCUGUGGUUCUCAAUGGAGGCCGUUCCCGGCGGGGGAAACUGAGGGGCCCACCCGAGAGCAGAGAGUGGGGGAAUGCACUGAAGGGGUGUGACGAUCCCCUUUUCCUUGACUUCUUAAAACAGUGUUUAGAAUGGGAUCCUGCGGUUCGCAUGACCCCUGGCCAGGCUUUACGGCACCCCUGGCUGAGGAGGCGGUUGCCAAAGCCUCCGACGGGGGAGAAGACAUCCGUGAAAAGGAUAACCGAGAGCACUGGUGCUAUCACAUCCAUUUCCAAGUUACCUCCACCUUCCAGCUCAGCUUCCAAACUGAGGACUAAUUUGGCACAGAUGACGGAUGCCAAUGGGAAUAUUCAGCAGAGGACAGUGUUGCCAAAACUUGUUAGCUGAGCUGAGUCCCCCGAUGCUGGUAAUCUGAAAGAUACGACGUUGCUGAGCCUUAUCGGGUUGAAAAGGAGUAGCUCAGACCUGUUUUUAUUUGCUCAAUAACUCAACUCAUUUGUAUCUUUUCAGCACUUAUUUUAAUGUAAGAAAGUUGUUCAUUUUGUUUUUAUAAAAUACAUGGGGACAAUGCUUUAAGUUUUUAUACUUCUGAAACUGUUUUUGUGUUCUAAAAGUAUGAUGAGCCUUACUGUAUCUAGUGUGGCAGAGUAAUAAACAUCAGUGGCAGGCCAUUGA